AUGUAGCCUAUUCCAUCUAAUGAUGUAUAUUACAAAAACUAUGGUGGAGAUUAUCAUCUACACUUUCCAAUUCAAAAGAAUGUAGAAAACAAAAAUAAAGCUGAAGAUUUAAAUAAAAUAGUAUCUUAGGUUUAUGAUCAUCUCCAUAACUUAGAAAAUGCACCAGGUAUUCAUUUUCAUGAUGUCCCAUAUUCAUUCUAUCCUAAUAUGGAAUUAGAGAAAGAUGAAGAUGAUAAAAUGAGUAUUUAAAAUGUCUAUGUAUUAUAGAAAUGGAUAUGAAAUAGGAGAUAUCUUUAUUUGAAUUGGAAAAAAACCUAGGAAUUUCAGAUGAAGCUAAUGAAAUAUCAGUAAAUUCUGGUUCCAGAAAACUACAUUCAAAAGAAUCCUGA